AUGCAUCGUUGGAAUGCAAAAUUAUUUGAAAAUUUUGGAUAUUGUUCUGAAACAGAAUGUUUUUAUACUGAUGAUAGAUCAUAUUUUAGAAUUGCGGAUGUCGUACUUUUUAAUGAUAAUUUUUAUAAUCCUAUAUUUGAUGGUAGUAAUAUCCUUGAAAGGUCAACAAAUUAUACCUUAUUUGUUAAUGUUAUUUCAGAAAGUUAUGUUAAUAUGAUAAAAAAACCAUAUUCAUUGUUAUUAAAUUAUCCUUUAAAUUAUUUUAACUUAACAUAUACUUAUUUAACAACUGGUGACAUAUUUUGGUCAUAUGGAUCAGAUAGAUGGUAUUUUAAUAAUCUUUCAACUUCCCAAAUUUAUGAUCAAGUAACUGAAUUAAACAGAAAAAUUUCUAAUAAGAAUAAAGAUGUUCUUUGGAUUGUCUCAAAUUGUAAUGCUCUUUCUGGAAGAUCAAUUGUCAUUGAAAAUCUUUCUAAAUACAUAAAUAUAGAACAAUUUGGUGAAUGUAAUAAUAAAAAACUAUCAUUAACAAUUAAUCAAAAAAAAAAUUUUUAUGAAAAAUAUUAUUUUUACAUUGCUUCUGAGAAUAGUGAUUGUAAAGAUUAUAUAACAGAAAAAUUUUAUGAAAGAAUUCUAUUUACUUCAAUUCCUAUUGUUAAUGUUAGAGAAUUUUAUACUAGAAAUGAUGUGCCACCAAAUUCUUUUAUAGCAUUUGAUGAUUUUUCCUCUCCAAAAGAGAUGGCAAAAUAUUUAAGAUAUUUAAUUUCUAACAAAACAGAAUAUGUAAAAUAUUUUUCAUAUAGAAAUAAUGGUUGGUUUCAAAAGCAAUCAAUAGAUUAUAGAUGUUCCACUUGCCAAAAAUUUAAAGAUUUUAUUAAAAGUGGUAAAAAAAGAAUAAUACCAGAUAUAUAUAAAUGGAUGGAUGAUAAUAAUUAUUGUCUUAAAAAAAAUUAUAUUCCAAAACUUUGGAAAUUGUUGUAG